AUGUCACAGUUUGUUGGUUUCGGUGUACAAGUGGAGUUAAAAGACGGAAAACUCAUUCAGGGGAAAAUUGCCAAAGCAACUUCAAAAGGAUUGACUUUAAAUGACGUUCAAUUCGGCGAUGGUGGCAAAUCUCAAGCUUUCAAAGUGAGGGCAUCAAGACUAAAGGAUUUAAAGGUUCUAACUGUUGCCUCUCAAUCUGGGAAAAGGAAGCAACAAAGACAACAGCAGCAACAAAGUGAUUACAAUCAAAAUCGUGGUGAACAUAUUGAUUGGCAAGAUGACGAUGUUAGUAAGAUAAAACAACAGGAAGAUUUCGAUUUCCAAAGAAAUUUGGGCAUGUUUAACAAAAAGGACGUUUUCGCUCAAUUAAAGCAAAAUGACGAUAUAUUACCGGAAGAUAGAUUACAGGGACAUAACAGAAAGCAACCCCAAUCGCAACAAAAUAAUUAUCAAAACGAUGAAUUGGUCAUUCCAGAUGCAAAGAAAGAUUCAUGGAACAAAAUUUCUUCAAAAAGUGAGCAAAGCACACACCAAUCUCAGCCGCAACAAGAUGAUCAAGAUGAUGUAGUGUUGGAUGAUGACGAACAUGAAUACGAUGUUGAUGAUAUUGAUGAUCCCAGAUACCUACCAAUAACUCAGUCUUUGAACAUCACACAUUUGAUUCACUCCGCAACUAGCUCCCCAUCUAUAGAUGAUAAAACUAAAAAUACAGUUAUAAAUGAUAAGGAUCAGGUACUCGCUAAAUUGGGUCAGAUGAUCAUCAGUCAGUCGAGAUCUAACUCAACAUCCUUACCAGCUGCGAACAAACAAACAACCAUCAGAUCAAAGAACACUAAGCAGAACAUCCCGAUGGCUACACCGGUUCAACUACUGGAAAUGGAGAGCAUUACAUCCGAAUUCUUUAGUAUUAAUUCAGCCGUGUUAUUAGAAAAUUUUGCAGUAAACUCAUCGUUCUUCCUAAAGCAGAAGCUAGGUGGCCGUGCACGUUUACGUCUACAAAAUUCUAAUCCAGAACCUUUAGUGGUAAUAUUAGCCUCAGAUUCCAACAGAUCAGGUGCCAAAGCUUUGGCACUAGGUAGGCAUCUUUGCCAAACGGGUCAUAUCCGUGUUAUAACAUUAUUUACAUGCUCUCAAAAUGAACUACAGGAUUCCAUGGUCAAGCAGCAAACGGAGAUUUACAAGAAGUGUGGCGGAAAGAUUGUCAACAGUGUAUCAUCACUAGAAUCUGCUAUGGAAACAUUAAAUAGCCCUGUAGAAAUGGUCAUUGAUGCCAUGCAGGGGUACGACUGUACAUUGAGCGAUCUGGCAGGCACAUCGGAAGUCAUUGAAAGCAGAAUUAAAAGCAUGAUAUCAUGGUGUAAUAAACAGCGAGGCUCCACUAAAGUAUGGUCUUUGGACAUACCAAACGGUUUUGAUGCAGGGUCCGGUCUCCCAGAUAUUUUCUUCCCGGACAGGAUUGAAGCCACAGGGAUUAUUUGUUCUGGCUGGCCUUUGAUUGCCAUUAACAACUUAAUCACAAAUUUGCCAAGUCUAGAAGAUGCUGUUCUGAUUGAUAUGGGUAUCCCACAGGGCGCCUAUUCACAGAGAACUUCCUUGCGUAAAUUCCAAAACUGUGAUCUUUUUGUCACUGACGGGUCUUUACUAUUAGACUUGUAA